AUGUCCAUGCUGCUGGGGAAGAUGUUGACAGAAAGCAAGGUUGCAGUGGCAAAAGCAGCUGGAGCGGCACGCUACGCGUGGGGCUGCUACGGUGAGGUGAACAUUCAACCAACCGAAACCCCAAACCUGUUCCUGUUUACAUUCAAUAGCAUGGAGAUCAGAGACAAAAUUUGGAGGGAAAGGCCCUGGAGCUUGUCGAACACUCUGACGGCGAUUGAGAAGUACAAUGGAAGAGGGAAGCCCGAAGAUGUUCCGAUCGAAAAGAUGGCGAUGUGGGUUCAGAUCCAUGGCCUGCACCAAAAUCAAAGGAGUGAGGAGAAUAUGAUGGCAAUUGGAUCAAGCUACUUCUUGGAGCUGUUGGAUCUUGACAGAGCAAGCUUGGAAUACUCCGGAUACAGGAGGUUCCUUCGCAUUCUAGUGGAGGUGGAUAUCAGGGAACCUGUCCCAAUUGGCUUCGAUUUCCCAUUUCUUGAUGAAUCCUCAGGAGUAGAGCACUGCGAUGAGAUUGAAUUCAAAUAUGAGAGAUUGGUGGAGCUGUGCUACUUCUGUGGCAGAAUUGGGCAUAACUGGCCAACAUGUAGAAGAAUGAAUGAGGAAAGGAAGAAGAAUGGCGUGGCUUACCUGUCUGAUGUCUACACCGCCUCUCUUAAGGCGGGGAUUGACUCGCCACAUCGAAGCUCCGCGUCGCAAGCUAGGAACAGGGGAGAAGGAAGAGGGGCUUAUCGGAGGAACGAGGCGAUUGAAAGCGAAUCGGCGGCGGAGAUGGGUGGUCCAUCGGGGGGGAUGCCGAAAAUCCCUCUUGGUUUCACUAUCCAACGAGAGGAAGAAGGGCUAGUAGAGAAGGAGGAUCAGGAGCUCGCGGGAAGACAGAGGGGAAGAUACAAGGUUGGGAUGGGAGCUAGAGAUAUCACUAUCGAUUUGGAGAGGGCGGCGGAGGAGCUCGAGUGGGGGCUAAGUUUGGUUGAGGGCGGAGGAGGUUUGGCCGCUGGUAACCAGGCCAGGGAAGUAGGGUUGGGCUCCGGAGGGCGGGCUGGGAAAGUGCAGACAGCGCUCUCUCUUGGGUCGCUGAUUCAGAGAGGGAAUGUGAGGGCCCAAGGAAAUCUUAUGUUUGAUGUUGCGGGCCUGUACCAUCAUGUGGAGGAAGAGUUGGAGGAAGAAGCGGGUCGGGCCAGAAAGAUGAGGAAGGGGACUAGCAGGCUGGAGCCCACUAGAUCCCUUAAUUCCGAUGGAGCCAUUUUUAUGGGAGGGCAAGAGGGGGUGAGCAGAAAGAAGAAAGGUAAAAAAGGAAAAAAUGAUGCUCAAAGAGGGAAGAGAUCAGAAGAAGUGGCGGAUAGUCAGGAAGAUGAAUCAAGGGCAGCGGUGGUUCGCCAGAAGCCACCUCAUCCAGAAUGA